AAAAACAUCUGGGAGGACAUUGCUAGCAAACUAACUGCAACCAGGGGUGUUCAAAGGUCAGGGAAGGAGGUCCACAAGAAGUGGCAGGAUUUUGCAAGCCUGGCAAAAAGGAAGAGGGCACUGCAGAGGACUGCAAUUAAACAAACAGGUGAUGGGACCAAUGAGUCCCCCCUUCUUUCAGCCGAGGAAGAAAAGGCAUUGUCAAUACUUGGCACAAGUGCUUCAGAUGGAAUUAGUGGUGGUAUUGACAUCCAUGGAGGAGUAGGGAUAACUCAACCUGAGCCUGAGCCUGAACCUGAUUCAGGUCCUUCAUGCUCAGAGGAACCAUCAGUUUCAUCUGCCAUCUCCGAGCACCUACCAUCUCCUAGUCCUCCAAAAAACCCUCCCAGGCCACAGCCUCCAUCUUCAGUGGUCCAGACUGCAGCCACAACAACUCAGCAGUUUGAGAAUGUCUGUAGCUGUAGUCAGGACCUAGUGCAGCUGGAGAGAGAGAAACUAGAUGUCUUGAAAGACAUUAGGCAAUGCCUUCAAGAAGCCAAUGAGAGAGACAACAACUUCCAACAGCAGCUCAUUGAGCUCAAGAAGGCCAAACUGGCCUUAAAAGAGAGGAGGCUUGCACUAGAGGAGAUGAGUUUUGCAAGGCCCUCAAUUUCUGUGCCAAUUAUCUUGCCAGAAGACACAGGUUGUGGGGAACUGAAUAACCCAAAUUAA